AGCGGGGGCGGGGAGCGGCCAGAUUGGCUGCAGGGCCCGAGGGGGCGCGCCCGGCCGGAGAAAAGAAGCCGUCGGGGGGACGGAGGCGAAAGCGGCAGCAUGACGGUGGGGCGGCGAGAGGCUUGGGCGGCCGGCGCCCUCCUGGCCCUGGCGUGCCUGGCCCUGGACGCGGAGCAGAAUUGCAGCAGGUUUCAGUACCCGGCUCAUGGGAAGUGCUGCAGCAGAUGCCCACCAGGCCAGAGAGUGAGGGAGCCAUGCUCCACCGGGGAGGGCUCGGACACCAUCUGCGGUCCAUGUCAGCCUCGGCACUUCCAGGACAGCUGGACCAAGGAGCCGGUCUGCACCCCACACACAUACUGUGACCAGAACGCUGGUUUGGAUGUGCACACCCAAGGGAAUGCCACGCAGGACACCGUGUGCCGGUGCCAGAAUGGAACCCACUGUUCCAGCACCGAGUGCCAGAGCUGCCGGGAGAACUCGGUCUGCGGUCCAGGUGAAGGAGUCAAGCAGACAGCCACUGACGCAACAGACACCGUCUGCACUGAGUGUCCCGUGGGCUUCUUCUCAGACGUCUCAUCUGCUGUGGCCCCGUGCCAGCCGUGGAGCAGCUGCGAGGCCUCUGGACUUAUCCACAAGGACGGUGGGACACGCCUCUCGGAUGUCACGUGUGGAGAGGCCCAGAGGGCCCACUCGCCAGCCGUGCUGCCAGCUGCUCUGGCGGCUCUGAUCCUGGUGUUGGGGGGCAUCGGACUUCUCCUCUGGUGUCGAUGCCGUCAUCACAAGGCUCUUCCAAAGGGGCAUCAGAAUGAGCCCGCUGAGGAUGAGGACGAAGAGGCCUGCCCCCCUGCCUUGCCCGUCCAGGAGACGCUGCUCACCGCCCAUGAAGACGGCAAGGACAGCCGCCUGGCCGAACAGGAGAGUGCUUGAGGGGCGUUGGCUGCCUCCGCUGGGUCCACCCUGUGCCCUCUGCUUCCUCCGGAGGCUUCCGGCUCGCGCACCAAGGGGACGUGCAGCACUGCAAGGCGGAAGGAAAGGCCCUCGCUCACCCAGACCCACGGGUCAAAUCCUGGUCUUCCCCCCGAGGAGGGGCCGGGGCUGCCCCGGGACGCCCGGAUCCGCCGUCCAGAGGAGCCAUCUCUUCCUGCCUUCCUCUUUGGCUAAAGACAGUCCCACGCAUCCAAGGAGCCUCUGAGGAUACUGGGAAGGGUACUGCGCCCUGCUGCUAAGGACAUAGUGGGGCCCGGCCCUUCCUGCCUGGGAGAGCCAGGUUCGAAUCCCCCGCUUUCCUUGUGCCAAGCCAGCCCAGCUAUACAGGUAGCUGUGAGAGCCAGCAUGGUGUAAGUGUUAAGAGUGUCUGGGUAGGAUCUGGGAAGGCCGAGUUCAGAUCCCCACUCUGCCAAGGCAGUUUGCUGGGCAACUUUGGGCCAGUCAUACCCUUCCUCACAGGGUUGUUGUGAGGACAGCAUGGAGGAGAAGAGAACUCUGUGAGCCAUAUUGGGAGAAAGGUGGGAUAUACAUAAAGCAGAUGUGGUCAGUGCCUGGCCGAGGCGGAGCCAAGAUGCAUCCAUGGCCCCCCUUCCAGCCCCAGGUGGUGCCUCAAGACACACCUCAGCUGACCCCUCCCCCUCACGGCUGGUUCUGGAAUGGAUGCCCUCCUAUCCUGUGGUUCAGUGUGCGGCUGUGUGGGGCCUCACGGGACUGUAGAUUUGUACAUAAAGUGUGUCUGGCAGUAUUUGUUGCCUGCUUGUUCCAAAUCCCCUCCUGGGCACCAACGGGACCUGCUCCUUGACCACAUGCGGACCCAAUCCGGCUGCUCGUGCUGCAUCUUCACUGCAGUUACUCUGUGUUUGUGCUGGAGCUCUUCUCUCUGCGCCCCCCGCCCCCACUGGGCCUCUCUUGCAUAUGCUCUUUGCAUCUGGAUGUACUCUGGUCUGGGAGGGGCACCCGCUUGCUGCGGGGGUUGGAGGAUCUACCUCAGCAGCACUGGGGCAGCGCAGGAGAGGUUUUGGGGCGUCAGUUCCCCUGCGGUGCAGGCGGAAAUCCCAGCCCUCCUGGGCCCAUCUCGUAUCCCGCCGGGCAAAACAGUUCUGCCCACCUCGCCAAACCCCACAAAGGCCUCCUCCGUUGUGGCCCCGCCCUGUCUUGCUCGACGGGGUCCGUUCGACCCCACCGUCGCCAGACCCGCCCCCCCCCACGCACACUUCGAAGGGCGAAGGCUGGGCGGCACUCUGCACAUGCUCCGCCUGGCCGCCUGCGGAAGAGCGCCUCCACUGUCGACCGCUGCCGCCCAGCUGGCGGGCUCUGCAGCCGUCCUGGAGCGACCGCCCCCUCCCCCCCCCCGGGGGAAACCCCGCCUGCGAGCUGCGCCUGGAGUUCCCCUAAAAGCCCCGCGGGAGGAGAGGCGGCCAGGUGCCUUCCGGGCCAGGCAGGAGCGCCUCGGAGGAUCCCCUCCCCCCCACCCCGCAUUUCCCUGAAACGGCGCGGGGAGGGAAGGGGUAUGGCGUGGCGGCGCCCUCUUUGCCCGCCAGGUGGCACUCUCGCCACGCGACCGGCUCCUGAGCACGCGCUUUCUGGGACCUGGCCGCGCCCCCGUUUGAUCCGGGGGGGGGGGGGGCGCUGAGCGUGUGGCCGCCGCUCACCGGGGUCCCCCUGUGCUCAAUGAAUCCUAUAAACGUGCGUCAGAAGCCACUUAGCCAGUUGUUGGGCGGGGGGUGACUGACGGCUUCGCUGCCACAAGACGUUCCUUUUCGGAAAAAGUAUCCAGAACCACCCAAAUCACAGCCUUUAUUUUUUUUUCCUGGCAAGUUGGCAAAUCGGUAAUCAAGUCCAUGGAAAUCGCCCCCAGGGUCGAGAAGGUGUCUCCGGUGGCUUCAACAAUCCAGAAGGUUCACUUAACCAAACGGGACACCCCUUAACAUACAUUUCCACAUAUUUUUGCGUUGAUUUCCUCCAGAAUUGGUGCCUCAAUAAAUGCAAAGUUUACAUGUUUACAAA